GUCACCACAACUGUACCACUUGUGGUAAGUAAGCAAAAAGAUCAGUCAUCGAAUGUCGCGACAGUACAGCUUAGAGCUGUUGUUGCAGGCAUUAGUUGCUACGAGCACCUUCUCAACGGGUUUAAGGUCAAAACGCGUUCUCGUUGCGUUGAGGCCGACUUACAUUUUGCUGUCAACGCAGAAUCUAUUGGCUGCUGGGCCAAUUUGUGCUGCAGACUCGCUUCGCGUCGAAAAGUGGAAGCAGAUCACGAACUCCGUUUGGACAUUUCAACUCUGCACACGCCUCGCAGCCAACAGGGCUUCAUGUCUUUCGGCCAGUUUGGCUUUAAUCUCGUUUCUUCUCGUCUUCGACAGAACCGACCGAACGACCGAACGACCGGCCAACAGGGACUCGAGCCAGGCUCUGACAACCGGUCGUCUGCGGUCGCAAAAGCCGGAUUUCCGGUUGCCAAGCCGGUCCGGGUGGCGAGGAGACUGGCCGAAAAGUCCACCUUGACGACCAGUUUGGCAAGCUCGUGUCACGACGCCGUUGAGGCCGGUUAA